AUGGCUCGGAGAAAUAAAUGUGUGUACUUCAACUGCUUUAGAAGUAAAGUUGAAGAACCUAGUUUAACAUUGUUUCAUUUUCCCAAAAAUGAUCCUAUUCGUGCACAAGAAUGGGUUAAAAAAUCAGGAAAUAUAGACUUAACUAUUUUAACUCAUGAAGAACUUUCUGCAAAAUAUGUUUGUGCUCACCAUUUUUCUAAAUGUGACAUUAGACACUAG